CAUUCCUCAUGUGGCCCUAUUGAUUAGUAAUAUAUAUGUACGCCCCACCUAACCCUUUUACGCCAUUUUUGUGUACAUCAACAAUCACCCCAUACACUUGUACAUAAUAGAGCUAGCUCCAUCACUUUACUAAACUACAUUAACUCUCUCUCUAAUUAGCAUUUGUGUUUGUGAAAUCAAAAUCAAUUAAUGGAGGAAAUCCCAUGCUUCCGUCAGACCGAUCAGCCCCCGGAUUUCAAGCGGUACAUCACCGUUCUUAGCAUUGACGGCGGCGGAAUCAAAGGGAUUCUCCCCGCCGUCAUCCUCGAUUUCCUCGAAUCGCAACUACAGGAGUUGGAUGGAGAGCAAGCAAGAAUCGCCGACUACUUCGACGUGAUAGCCGGAACGAGCACCGGCGGCCUCGUCACGGCCAUGCUCACAGCUCCCAGCCAAAUCAACCGCCCCCUCUAUUCCGGCAAGGGCAUCAAGCCUUUCUACUUAGAAAACUGCCCCAAGAUUUUCCCGCAGACACACUCGAUUUUUCCGUUUGGAAGAUUGUUGAAGUCGCUGAUGGGGCCGUUGUACGACGGGAAGCACCUCCACAGCGUACUGAAAGAGGAGUUGCAGAACAUCAAGCUCAGCCAAGCCAUCACAGAUGUAAUCAUCCCUGCCUUCGACAUCAAACGGAUGCAGCCUGUCAUAUUCUCCACAUACGAGGCGAAGAGAAACCCGUUGUUGGAUGCUAAUUUCGCGGACAUCUGCAUCAGUACUUCGGCGGCUCCCACGUUCCUCCCCGGCCACGAGUUCACCACCACCGAUGCCCACGGCAACUUCACAGAGUAUAAUCUCAUCGAUGGCGGCGUCGCUGCAAAUAAUCCCACUCUAAUCGCCAUAACAGAAGUGAUAAGACAGAUGUUCGACAGCGGCGUUGACUACUUCCGAAUGAGGCCCGUUGACUAUCCUCGUCUUCUGACAAUAUCAAUCGGCACGGGAGCUGCGAGGGUUGACGAGAAAUUCGACAUAAAACGUGCUUCAAAAUGGGGGAUGGUGGAUUGGCUGCUGCACGGCGGCAUGGCGCCCUUACUCGAGAUAUUCAGUCAAGCAAGCGCGGAUAUGGUCGAUAUUCACACCUCUCUCAUAUUCCAAGCUCUUCAGUCCCAACACAAUUACCUCAGGAUCCAGGAUGAUGAGCUAAGUGGAAUUGAAAAUUCAGUUGAUAUUGCGACCAAGGACAACUUAGAAAGACUUGUGGCAAUUGGCGAAAGGCUGCUCAAAAGUCCAGUUACCAGAGUCGAUUUGGUUUCUGGCCUAACUGAGCCGGUCAAGGAUGGAGGCACUAAUGACCAAGCUCUCAAGAGAUUUGCUGGUAUGUUGUCGAGUGAAAGGAAACUUCGAUUGGCGGGGAAGAUCAGUAAUGAAAUCCGCAGAGAAGUUCCGAAGGCGAGGAUGAGGGCUUCGUAUCCCAAAUCUGGAAAGGGAUUCAACAUUAUGAAUAAUUAUAAUAGGGGCAGAUUGGCUUCGUAUCCUAUUCCCAUGUGUUCCAGCAAUGCAUUCACUACACCUCUUAAAGUCUUCCUAUGAAACAUUUAUUUUAUGUCAAUUUUCUGUUCAAUUUUAUAAAUUUGUUUUAUAUGUUUGUCGGUGGGAAUGAAUACUAAUAUUUGUAAUA